UUUAUAAUGACCAUCAUUUUAAUGAUAAUAAUUAUAUAAUUAAAUUUCAUGGAUAUUCAAUUCAACAUUGUAAAUGCAAUCUGAUUUAUGAUUAUGCAGAUUAUGGUGAUUUAUUUGAAUAUUUCCAAGGUAAUCCCAAUUCAUCAAAACAUUUUCAUCUUAAUAAUUGGAAAAAUAAAAUCAGGUUAGCGUGGGGAAUAUCUGUAGGCGUAAAAUAUUUACAUAAUCAAAAAAUUGUACAUUUAGAUCUUCGAAGUGAAAAUAUUUUACUAAAAUAUGACGAAAAAGAAAAAACAUUAAUGCCAAAAAUAUCAAAUUUUCUGUGGAGUAGAGAAAUUUAUCCUGGUAAAACUUCAGCGUAUCCGAUAAUAACAUUAUCUUCUGGAGAAGAGGUUUGGAAAAGAUGGUACGAUCCAGAUAGGUUACGUAAUAAAAAACGAUUUAAACCAUCUACACCAUCUGAUAUAUAUAGUUUAGGAUUAUUGUUUUGGGAAAUCACCUGGCGUAAACCAAAUAAUUUACCAUUUAAAGAUGUUCCAAUUAAAAAUCUUUAUAAUCAUUUAUUGAAUAAUCAUUACGAAGAGUUACCCGGAUUACCAGAGGGCUAUCGAGAUUGGGGAAAUAUAAUAAAAAAUAUGUGGAAAUUCAAAGCAGAAGAACGUUGUAAUAUUAUGACUGCAGAAUUAUCUAUGCGAAAAUUAUUUAACGAUACAGAUUC